CGGCCGGCUCUGAGGGCGGGAUCAUCCCGUUUUUUCCCGCAGAAGGAGCGGUUCUACGAGAAGCGUCUGCGGCUGCCGGAGCCGUCGUGCCGGGAAUUGGCCUCGCUGAUCUCGCAGUGCCUCCAUUACAGCCCCGGGGAACGGCCCUCGUUCCGCACCAUCCUCAGGGACCUCACCCGCCUCCAGCCCCACAACCUGGUGGAUGUGACAUCGGUGAAUCCCGAUUUCCCGGUGUCGGAUCCCACCGUCUUCCAGAAGCGGUACCUGAAGAAAAUCCGGGAGCUGGGGGAGGGGCACUUUGGGAAGGUGGGGCUGUACUGCUACGACCCCACCAACGACGGCACCGGGGAGAUGGUGGCGGUGAAGUCCCUGAAAUCCGGGAGCAGCCCCGAGCUCCUGAGCAGCUGGAGGAGGGAGAUCCAGAUCCUCAAGACCCUCUACCACGAGAACAUCGUCAAGUACAAGGGUUGCUGCAGCGACCCCCCCCAGGGCAUGUCGUACCUGCACUCCCUGCACUACAUCCACCGGGACCUGGCGGCUCGGAACGUGCUGCUGGAGAACGAGCAGGUGGUGAAGAUCGGGGACUUCGGGCUGGCCAAGGCCGUCCCCGAGGGCCACGACUACUACCGGGUGCGGGAGGACGGCGACAGCCCCGUCUUCUGGUACGCCCCGGAAUGCCUCAAGGAGUCCAAGUUCUACUUCGCCUCCGACGUUUGGUCCUUCGGGGUCACCCUCUACGAGAUCCUGACCCGCUGCGAGCCCGGGAGCAGCCCCCCCGCUAAAUUCCUGGAGCUGAUCGGAGCCACCCAGGGGCAGAUGACGGUGCUGAGGCUGGUGGAGCUCCUGGAGAGGGGGAAGAGGCUCCCGAUCCCAAAGGAUUGUCCCUGCGAGAUUUACCGGCUGAUGAAGAACUGCUGGGAGGCAGAAGCUUCUUUCCGCCCUUCCUUCCACAACCUCAUCCCGAUCCUCAGGAACUUCCAGGAGAAAUACCGGGCUCAGGCCCCCUCCGUCUUCAACCUCUGCUGAGAUUCCUCCCCCCUCGAGAAUUCCAUGGAAUGGGGUGGAAAAUGCCACAAAAAACCUCCAUGGAUUAUGGGGAAGGACCCCCCC